AUGGCGGCGCAGUGCUGCUGCCGCAAAGCGCCCGGCGCCGAGGCCGCGCCCGCGCGUCCGCCGCCCGAGCCGCCGCCCGCCCUGGACGUGGCCUCGGCCUCCAGCGCGCAGCUCUUCCGCCUCCGCCACCUGCAGCUGGGCCUGGAGCUGCGGCCCGAGGCGCGCGAGCUGGCCGGCUGCCUGGUGCUCGAGCUGUGCGCGCGGCGCCCCGCGCCCCGCGCGCUCGUGCUCGACGCGCACCCGGCCCUGCGCCUGCAUUCGGCCGCCUUCCGCCGCGCUCCCGCCGCCGCCGGCGAGCCACCCUGCGCCUUCGCCUUCGCUGCACCCGGGCCGAGUCCCGCGCCGCCGCCCCCGCUGCCCGCCUUCCCCGAGGCACCCGGCGCGGAGCCCGCAUGCUGCCCGCUGGCCUUCAGGGUGGACCCUUUCACGGACUACGGCUCCUCGCUCACCGUCACGCUGCCGCCUGAACUGCAGGCGCACCAGCCCUUCCAGGUCAUCCUGCGCUACACCUCGACCGACGCCCCCGCCAUCUGGUGGCUGGACCCAGAGCUGACCUAUGGCAGUGCCAAGCCCUUCGUCUUCACCCAGGGCCACUCCGUCUGCAACCGUUCCUUCUUCCCGUGCUUCGACACGCCCGCCGUCAAGUGCACCUACUCGGCCGUCGUCAAGGCCCCGUCGGGGGUGCAGGUGCUGAUGAGUGCCACACAGAGCACCUACGUGGAGGAGGAGGGCGUCUACCGCUUCCACAUGGAGCACCCCGUGCCCGCCUACCUCGUGGCCCUCGUGGCCGGGGACCUCCAGCCGGCAGACAUCGGGCCCAGGAGCCGCGUGUGGGCUGAGCCAUGCCUCCUGCCCACGGCCACCAGCAAGCUGUCCGGCGCGGUGGAGCAGUGGCUGAGCGCAGCCGAGCGCCUCUACGGGCCCUACCUGUGGGGCAGGUAUGACAUCGUCUUCCUGCCCCCCUCCUUCCCCAUCGUGGCCAUGGAGAACCCCUGCCUCACCUUUAUCAUCUCCUCCAUCCUGGAGAGUGACGAGUUCCUGAUCAUCGACGUCAUCCACGAGGUGGCCCACAGCUGGUUCGGCAACGCCGUCACCAACGCCACAUGGGAGGAGAUGUGGCUGAGCGAGGGCCUGGCCACCUACGCGCAGCGCCGCAUCACCACCGAGACCUACGGUGCUGCCUUCACCUGUCUGGAGACAGCCUUCCGCCUGGAUGCCCUGCACAGACAGAUGAAGCUCCUCGGCGAGGACAGCCCAGUUAGCAAGCUGCAGGUCAAGCUGGAGCCAGGGGUGAAUCCGAGCCACCUGAUGAACCUGUUCACUUACGAGAAGGGCUACUGCUUCGUGUACUACCUGUCCCAGCUCUGCGGGGACCCCCAGCGCUUUGACAGCUUUCUCCGACAGGCCUACGUGGAGAAGUACAAGUUCACCAGCGUGGUAGCCCAGGACCUGCUGGACUCCUUCCUGACCUUCUUCCCGGAGCUGAAGGAGCAGAGUGUGGACUGCCGGGCAGGGCUGGAGUUUGAGCGCUGGCUGAAUGCCACAGGCCCCCCGCUGGCCGAGCCAGACCUGUCUCAGGGAUCCAGCCUGACCCGGCCCGUGGAGGCCCUCUUCCAGCUGUGGACUGCGGAGCCCCUGGACCAGGCGGCCGCGUCCGCCAGCACCAUCGACAUCUCCAAGUGGAGGACCUUCCAGACAGCGCUCUUCCUGGACCGGCUCCUGGACGGGUCCCCGCUGCCCCAGGAGGUGGUGAUGAGCCUGUCCAAGUGCUACUCCUCCCUGCUGGACUCGAUGAACGCCGAGAUCCGCAUCCGCUGGCUGCAGAUCGUCGUCCGAAACGACUACUACCCUGACCUCCACAGGGUCCGGCGCUUCCUCGAGAGCCAGAUGUCCCGCAUGUACACCAUCCCGCUGUACGAGGACCUCUGCACCGGCGCCCUCAAGUCCUUCGCCCUGGAGGUCUUCUACCAGACGCAGGGCCGGCUGCACCCCAACUUGCGCCGGACCAUCCAGCAGAUCCUGUCCCAGGGCCUGGGCCCCGGCACAGAGCCCAGCGUGGAGCAAGGCGGGGCCGGAGCGGACUCGGAGGCGGACACAGACGCACCAGCCCUGCUGCUCGGGGACGAGGCCCCCGGCAGCGCCAUCUCUCUCAGGGAUGUCAACGUGUCUGCCUAGCCCUGACUGCUCGACACCACGAUUGUGCCUUCUGGGCCUCGGCCCACCGUGACCGUGCCCCAGCCUGGCCCACGCACCCCUCCUGCAGGCUCUCUGGGGGCACCCCCGGGGCCGGCCAAGGCCCGGGGACCUGGUCCCCGCAGCCCUCUUGCACUGCAGGCCUGGAGCGGCCAGCACACGCCACACCCUCCUGUCUCAACACUGACUGCCAGGCGCUGCCCCUGGGUCGAUGGCGACCACCACACCGUGCCUUACAUCUGCCGGGGGCCCGGGCCAUGCUGUCCCCCCAGCGUGCUUCCUGCCCGCGGCCCCCGCACCCCACCCCCGGGGAUGGCAGCCUCGGUUGGCCUCCGGCAGAGGAUGCAGACAUGCUUCCGCGUGGGGGGCAAGGGACACCGAGUAAAGGGUGGAUGUCCCUGGGGAGGGGCCCCCUGGAAAGCCUUAGCUCCUCAGGGAACACGGGAUCCCAGGCCCCAGGGGGAGUGGGACAGGACAGUCUGUCUUGAGGCUGCCUGGGGCCAGUGCAGCAAUGACACACAGGGAGGGGCAGGCAGCGCUGGUGCUCCUUCUAGGCCCACCCUGCCGGAAGGGGCCUGGGGAGCCCAGUGCCUAGAGCCGGGCCCCCCGGGGGACCACUGUGCAGGGUCGCCGUGACCGUCCCAUUAAACCUCCACUCUGCAAACUACCUCCCGGCCUGUUCGUCCAGCUCCUUCACACCUGCCCAGCUGCCGGGGGGCGGGGUCCUGAGCUGGUCACCGCCAGACACGCAGGCCAGAGGCCGGAGGGGCGGGGUACUGCUGAGGCUCUUCUCUGCCCCCCAGCCCCUCCUGACCAUCCUGGCUCUGCCCUCGGAAGCCCCCGAUCCUGCCCGGCAGCCCUGGGGGUCUGAGCGCCAGCGGCACCUUCCACCCUCCCCAGCCCCUUCCCCCCACCCCGGACCCCCAAACACCAAAGCAAGGAGGCCACUUGACCACCGUUGCUGCGGGCCUUUCUCAGCAGUGGUCCCCCAUCCCAAACUGGAGUAAAGGAAGAGGUGAGUGUGACUUCGGGGGAUGGAGAAGGAAGGAUGUCUGCAAGCACAGGUGCGGUCGAGGCUGCAGGUACUGGUGGGGCUGGAAGAGGGAGUGAGGUCGGGGACUCCACUUGGGGCAUCGCCACGAAGGAUGGCCAAGCUGUGGACGCCGGGAUUGAUGCAGCCACUGCGACAAAGGGCAGCGGUCGGGCCCUGGUCCUCCUGGUUGCCCGCAGGGUUGGGCUCACGGGGUGACACGCCUCUGGUGUGGGUCUCCCACCAGCAUUACGCGCUCUGGCCCUGCAGUGACACGUCACCUGACCAACUGGCCGGACCCAGUCACAGAGCCCCCCCCCCCCCCACCCAAGGGGCCAGGGCGAGGGAGGCCCGCAAAUGGUGGGCCAGCAGCCCUGGCCCUGCCACAUCCGGCCCCCAGGUCACCAGAUGUCCCACGGAUUCUCCUUCCUGCACUCAAAAUGCAGCCCCUCCACCUCACCCCCUUGCCCCAGCCAGGAGGUGACUUGGCCCCACCCAGUUACGGCCCAGGGUCUCGGGGGGCUGUCCCAGCACCAGGGCCUGGUGGGGCUCCACUCGGCCCAGCCACUCGCGAGCUGGAAGGCCAGUCACCCGCCCGCGGGGAACAGGGACAGGGCGGCAGCAACAACACCCCUGCGGAGGGAGAACCACGGGGGACCAGCAGCCCCCGCCCCACAGCAGUGUUAGAGGCCUGCCAGGGGCCCCAUCCUGGGCCAGGCUCCCCAGUCCUGGGUUCUCUGUGGCCCUUGGCUCUGCCCCGGGAAGGGUCCGCCCUUCUCCUGUCUAACUGGUCACGCCUGAUAAUGGCAUUGGCCAAGCCCUCUUUGGGGGCUGAACUGCUUCCUCGGCCUCUUCUCCACCAAGACCAUUUUCAAGUCUCUAGUCACAAACUUUUUAGUCCCAGCCUCCUGGUUUCUUCGGCAGUGCAACUCUCAACAGCGCUGUGGUCCCCCAAGGUCGUGCCGUGGCCUCUGUGGGCGUGCAGCCACGCCCGAGGCGCCUGCUUCGCUCCCGCCCCCCCGGCCUCUCCCGGCCUUGCGAGGCUCAGAAGCAAGCCCUACAGUCUCACGGGAGCGACACCCACAGCUCGGUGUCGUCCUGCCACAUGGUCCUGACUGAUCUGCCCUCUGGGAUGAGCAGGUGGCCUCUCACCCCCACGAGUCCCUGCGUUCCUGCCUUUCUCGAUUCCUUUUCCUCCCAGCUUGCAAACCGGGCAUGUGUUUUCAGGCUAUCUCUCCCUCGUAUCUUGCCAAACGCAGCCUGUGACCAACACAGGCUGCCAGGGUUUCCCAACCUCUUCCACCAGACCUGUGAGUUAUUUUGGACAUCGUUUGCCUCAUGGGUCGUCACGGUUGAGUUUUACCAAAUGUUUUGUGGCUGCAUACCACGGCUUCCAGGGAUGGGCCCAUGCCAGCCCCCGGCCUGCAUCGUAUGUCCUGAUACAGCCUCACACCUAUUCUGGGGCCGAUGUCUGUGCUCUGGCAACAAACAGCUCUAAAAUACCAACGUUUUAUUUUAUUUUAUUUAUUUUUUUAAUUUAUUUUUGGCUGCGUUGGGUCUUCGUUGCUGCGCGCAGGCUUUCUCUAGUUGCAACGAGUGGGGGUUACUCUUCAUUGCGGUGCAUGGGCUUCUCAUUGCGGUGGCAUCUCUUGUUGCGGAGCACGGGCUCUAGGUGCGCAGGCUUCAGUAGCUGUGGCUUGUGGGCUCUAGAGCGCAGGCUCAGUAGUUGUGGCGCACGGGCUUACUUGCUCCGUGGCAUGUGGGAUCUUCCCGGACCAGGGCUCGAACCCAUGUCCCCUGUGUUGGCAGGUGGAUUCUUAACCACUGCACCGCCAGGGAAGUCCCUAAAAUACCAGUGUUUUAAAUAACGAAGUUUUAUCUCUCACUCGUGCCUUGUGUCCGCUUCAGGCCAGGCGGGGGUGUGGGCUUCCUGUCUCUCGUUCCUCAAGGACCCAUGCUGAUGGACGAAAGCACCUCGUCAGAGAUGGGGCUGUGAAGGGGCUCACACCAGCAGUCAGACGCGCUGGGGCCAUGCGCCACGUCUGUCCGCUCCUGCCACGUGCAUGGAGGUGGGGGGUUUCGGCCAGUGGCAGUACUGACCACCAUAGGGGCUGAGGGCAGUGCUGGGAGACAGAACUUUCGGGACAGAGAGGGGAGCAGUCAGGCAGGAGAAUUGGGCCGAGGAGGGUGAUGUCCAGGAUGGGGAUGGGAGUGGCCGUGAGCAUCGGAUCUGCUGGGGCCAAGGAAGGCGGGGCAGCGAGGAGAGAUGGUGUGUGGAGAGCUGACCCGUGAGGGUUUGUGUAUAGAGCCCCGCGCUGCCUGGAGCCUCUCUGGAGUCCAGGUACGGGCGUCUUGAGCCCCUCAAGCCGUGUCCUGUGUGGUCCAGACUUGCCUUGGGGGCGCUUCUCUCCCCUCCCCCACUCUUACUGGGACUUACUGGGGGUAAGCCCCCCUCUCUCAGGCCAGGUGCCUUGGGCAGAGCUUCAGAUGUAAACAAAAGGCCGCGUCAAGCACCCACCCAGGAGAGCACCAACCACGUGCUCAGCGGCCAACACUCCCCGGCCCAAGCGGACCCCCAGGGAAGCAGGGCUGACAAAGGAAUCAGAACACAACUAACGUCUUGGCCACACAAUGGCGGGGUGGGGGUGGUUUGAAAUAAACCCUAAGACAGGAAUAGGCACCUGUGAGAUGACCAGGAGUCAAGAAAAAGAACCAGUCAGGGACCUUGGAAGUUUCUUAAAGGGACAACUUUUUAAAUAAAAAAAAAUGCAACCCGAGAAGAAUGGUCACAGUGAAGACGGGACUCACGGACUGGAGCAUCAAAGAGCCCUCCUCGAGUCAGCAAAGGCCUGACGAAGGGAAAGAACAGAGGAAGCGCGAAGCGGUAGGAUUCGCCCAAGACCCGGGGUCGUGGAAAGACUGGGCCGCACGAAGAAGCUCAGACUGAUCAAGGCAUCCUCGCUCUCAACACAUCCGGGACUCCAGCCUCCUCUCCUUAGCCAUUGCCCCCCUCUACCCACCAUCAGACCUCCCCGGCCAGGCUGGGCCACCUAAGGCCGCCUCCCCCAGGCAGCCUCCCUAACCCACAUCCCCUAACACAGGCUGUCCUUUCAUCAAGAGGAUUCUGACGGCAGCUGUUACGGGUUUUGUUUUUUGUUUUUUUCUUCACUUUCUCUCUAAAUAAUCACCAGAUGCUGGGAGGGUGAAGGCCAAGCGCAGGAUGCGCCCUGAACACGGGCUGUGCCGAGGCUCCCACAGGGCUAUAGCCCAGCAUCCGGCAGGGGCUCUCAGCACAGGGCAGGGGGGAGAGGCUACCGCCCACCCACCCAGGCCCAGAUAAUCCUUCCUUGUUCAAAAACGCACGAGCAAGCAGAGGAAUAGAGGACGCGACGCCCGCAGUGCAGAAAAUAUCCCACUUGGAAAUCCGGUCACCUCAGAGCAGUGAAGUCAAGAAGAAAUUACCUGUAUUGUGUUCAAAAUAAAACUUAAGAACACGUGACCACUUGGGAGCAGUAGUUAAGGGGGAAAGUCCUAUCAGGAGCGUGUAUUAUUUUUAACAAUGAGGUUAAAAAAAAAAACCCAAACAAUCUAAAACAUCACCGCAAAAGAAUCCAUUCCUCUGUCAGCAAGCAAAGCGACCUAGGCCUGCCUGGUUUCGGAACACUGGCUCCGUCCCACGUAUAGCUGUGGGGUCCUGGGCUGCCCCCUCCUCCCUUUGAAGUUAAGGUUCUUUGUCGUAAAAUGGGACGGUAACACCUACCUCUGAGAUGCGUGGGGAUCGUACAAACUCCACGUCUCAGCGUUGUCAAGUGCAUUUGACCCUUCAAGCCCUUAGGGGCGGGACCUUCCUCACUUCUGUUGAACUGAUUGCGGGUUGCAGGAAAGACACAGAUGGCUUUGUUCCAGCCCUGCCUGGGGAGAUUCCUUCAGCUGGAACCUCCAGACAGGGGCAGGGGAGAGACCCACGCUUCCAGGACGCACUCCCACUCCGCUCCAGCGAAGACCGUCCCACAGGGAAACAGUCCACAUUCGUGGCCCUCGCUGACGCCCCUCGGCCCAGGCCCAGCCUUGUUUCUCAUGUAAUCCUCAGCCCGCCCCAGGGUCCCUGCAGCUGGAGACGGGCCCAGAGAGCAGCUGGGACAGCCGCCCAGCAGGGCCAGGUUUCCAGUGAUUCUUGCUCAGGUGACCUCAGGGUGCUCCUGGCUCGGGGGCCCUGGACUACUGCUCCGCGUGCCCCCGGCCCCGGGGGGCGGACACCCGUGCUCCCACCGUCUCUCGGUGCUCAGAGGCCAGAGUCAGCUCUGGGAUGUGCGCGGUGGAGGCUGGUCCUGUGCGCCCAGGGCCUUGCUAAGGUAGGGGACCUCCCACCUGUCCCAUCCCCUGAGGAGGAGAGUCCCGGAGAGAAGGGCUUGCUCAGAGGGACAGCCGCCCCACCGCCCGCAGGCCCGGGACACGAGUCAGCCUCGGGCUGCCUAGGGUCGGGCACGUGGCCUUCACUGUUCUGCGGGCCUGAAACUGCCUUGCAAUUCAGACGCAUCAAUGCAACUGAGAACGUGUCUCAAGAGCUUCCUCACCUGAGGGGCCCGAGGCCAAUCCUUCUGCAGCUCCACGGGGCCUCCCGAUGUCUCACUUGUAACCGUCAAACAGCGCUAUGACAUGGAGCUGGUGUUCCCGCCUUACAGCGAGGGCCCUGAGGUCAGACUUUAAAUAACUGCCCAUCCCGGGACCUGCGGUUGUGGAGACGGGUUGUGCACCAGCAGCCCCCAGAACACCUCCUCAUUUUCCCACCCCAGGCUGCCUCCGUCGCCUCCUGAUACCCCAAGCCAGAGGCUCCACUCUGCACAGGGCUGGGGGGUGGGCCCAGGAGGGAGAGGGGACUCCUGCUAAUUGGCCAAGGGGUCAUCUCUGCACCCAGAGGUGGGGAAAGGCACCACAGGGCUUGUGGGGUAAGUGUGGCCCAGGAGGAGCUGUGCCCGCAGGCCGACAGGAAAGAUUCCUUCAUGCCGUCUCGGUGUUGGUCACAAACCAACACUGCAGGCCUGGGCUGCUGCCUACCCAGCACCACCUGUCUGCUGGCCCCUUCUCUGGGCGUGGGCCCAGCUCUGGACACCGACGUGCCCACAGGACGCUGCCUGCUCUCCAGAGCUUGCAAGCCUGGGUAAGUGGCACAGCAGAGGCCCCCACUUAGAGUCCAGAUCCUGGACUGGCCCCAGCCCGCUGCUCACCACCCCAGCGUGUUACCUGGAGCAGACCAGUCGCCCAACACCCCAGGUCAGGGAAGUUUCUCUUAGUCCUUCAGGGCACCCACAUGAAGCAGGGCCCAGGCCAUUCCUGACUCCAUCCAGCUACGGUGCAGCCUCCAGCCUGCCAUAAACAUCUUCUGGGAGAGUCAGCACCACGGGGACAAGGGUCAUGAAAUGAGCAUCCCAGAGAGAGAUGUCAGACGAUGCGGUUACUCCCUUCUCUAGAACCUCAGCAGAGAUGAGGACCCUAGGCCUCCAAACCCCCCCGUAUCAUGCCACCACCAACAGCUGCUCCUCAUGCAGGCCUUGCUGGGCCUCUCAGAGGGAGAAGCCGCAGCUGUCACAGCAACCGGGGGCUCUGGAGCAAGAACGCCGGGGCAGGGGCUCCUGGACCAGGCUCCGUUUCUCAUCAGCAUGGAUCAGACUGCAGAAGGGCUUCGAUCUGACCACCCUUCCUAUCUGGGAGGCUGGGCAAAAGCGGCCUGCGGAUACAAAAUCUGAGAAGCUCUAGUAGGUAUCAGAGAGCUGUCCUAGAAGGAUUGUGCCCCACCCCACCCCAUCUCCUCCCCUGUGCGGCCCUCUGUGAAGGCUCCAGCCACAGUGAAGCAGGCUUGGAGAGGCAAUCAGAGAAUAAGCCUCUGGCUGGCUGCCUGCCUUCCUUCCUAGGAAUGGGGACGGGGAAGGGCAGGCUCCU